AUGGCUCUCAAACCUCGAAUGGAACCCUAUACGCGUCUCCUAUUCCGGCUCUACGAAGCUCUGAGUCUUCUCUUCAUCAUUCGUCCUAUUGGUGGCCCACACGUCGUCUCCCAGCUCGGAAAUUACACCACGCAAGACGUUCGAAGACGCUUUCUGAAGAAUUUGGCAUUCCUCUGCGACUACAAGAAAGGGGGAAGUACAGCCACUGCCAUCGCCGUCGAGAACUGCUACGACUGCUACGUCUUCUGGGUUGCUUCAAACGAGGGCGCUGGAGAUAAAGUUGUGGACUUCCUGAAAGAUGUCCUCAAUAGCUUGCGCAUGUUUUGUGAACCGAUCAACGAAUUGGAUCGCGCCACGGCGGAGGAGGUAUUGUUAGUUCGAUGUACUGCAUUUGCCUCUGAUCGACUUCGACAGGAGGCCAGGAUCCUGCGUAACUCUGCUAGAAAGUGCCGUCUUUCUCUGGGAAACGGCGAUGAAGAGAUCGAUGCCCGGCUUGUCGAGUGGCUUCGACAAUUUGAGAGUAAAUCUCCCGAUACUACUCUGUGUCGGACAGCAUACCGCUCGCGAAACGACGAGGAGAUGCGGUACAUCGAGCAGCUUGGCCGAGGGACCGAAGAUGGUCCUCGUCCGGAAGAUCUCAUCAAAGCCUUUCGUACAGUCAGACACAUGAUCGGACGUCUAGCAGCCCGCAUACGCAGUAUCAAUCAACUUCUUGAUGACUCCAGCCGUGUGGAGGCACUUCUUAAAGCUUACCAAGUUGCGGCGGUCCAACGUCCCAUCAGCGCGUUGGUGCCGGAAGCAGACGCGCACACUACGUUGCCGCGUAUCCUGAACCGCAUUCUACCAGAAACAGACGACAGGUUUAACUCCUACCUUGGCUUUCUUCAGCGGAUGGAUCCACAAGUCAGGGUUGAAGGCCAACUCCAGGAUAGGUUCAAGAUCGGCGAGCUUCAGCCAUGCGUUCAUGCAGAGAUCCAGAUGCUUCAUCACUUCUACGACAGCGAAAGGAGGUACAUCUCGAAUGACCGGUACAUUGCCUGCAGCAAGCCAGCAUGCGUUGGCUGCGAGUCCUAUGCUCGACACCAUCCCGCGAGGGUCACUUUGCUUGACGCCCAUCAGAAGGUCUACCCGAACUGGGGGAUCGUGAGUUUGGUGGGCGGAAAGCAGAACCCUGGCUGGAUCAAUCAGCGAAAGAUCAUCAACGAUGUAAUUGGAGACUUGAAGGCUAUGGUGAUUGAUCGGCUGGGAGAGCUACAUGCGACGACGAUGCAACGUCCGGACUCGCUUACGGAGAUCACUGCGUCUUUGGUUGAUGAGAGUGAAUCGGGGUCGGAGACAGAGGGAGUAGAUGAUAGCGAUGCCGGUCCAUCUAGUGAAGUUUCCAGCUUGGACAGCGCCAUUGAUCUACUGAAUCUUUCAACGGACCAUCAAGGGGAGGUCCAGACGGAACAUGGCUCUGGGGAAGGUGAAGGUGAAAACUUCGAGAACGGUGACAAUCCUGAAGACGAUGAUAAGCUCGGAGAUGUCAGUGAAAGUGAUGAUGAUAAUGGCGGUGCUCAGCUUUUGAUGUAG